GAUAUUUUCAUAGUUAGUCCUAUUUAAUAAAAAAAAUAAGAAAAAUAUUCCAUACUUAGAAAGCAGCAAAUCAGCAACAUACAAUAUUUCAAUUCUCUUAAGAGUGAUAUGUUGUGGGCAUUUUGCAUUUUGGUUUCUCUACUUGUGACAAGGGUCACAACUUGGGUUUACAAAUGGAGGAACCCCAAAUGCAGAGGGAAGCUUCCACCAGGUUCUAUGGGCAUACCCCUUCUUGGUGAAACGAUUUCUUUCUUCAAACCUUACACAAAUUCAGACAUCCAACCUUUUAUCAAAGAGAGGGUUGUAAAGUACGGGCCAAUAUUCGAGACCAGUCUUGUGGGGAUACCAGUUAUUGUAGCAACAGACCCUGAUUUUAGUUAUUUUGUGCUCAACCAAGAAGGUCAAUGUUUCAAGAAUUGGUAUCCUGACACUUUCACUGAAAUCUUUGGAAAGCAGAAUCUGGCAACAUUACAUGGGUUCCUAUAUAAGUACCUCAAGCACAUGAUCUUGAGUCUCUUUGGCCAUGAAAGUCGCAAGAAGAUGCUUCCUGAAAUUGAGCAAAAUGUUUGUAAGAAGUUAGAGCUCUGGUCAACUCAAAAUUCAAUUGAGCUGAAAGAUUCAACGGCAAGCUUGAUACUGGAUCGCACCACGAAAAAGUUGAUGGGCCAUAGUCCAGGAAAUUCCUCAGAGAAUCUAAAGGAAUGCUUUGCUGCGUUCAUUGAUGGUUUGAUCUCCUUCCCUAUCAACAUCCCGGGGACAGCUUAUCACAAGUGCCUAAAGGGUAGGGAAAGGGCAAUGAAAAUGUUGAGGGAUAUGCUUCAGGAGAGAUAUGAGAAGCCAAGGGAGAAUCCAAGUGAUUUCUUUGAUUAUGUCAUUGAAGAGCUUAAUAAAGAAGGGACACCUCUGACAGAAGAAAUUGCACUAGACUUGAUGUUUGUGUUGGUUUUUGCCAGCUUCGAGACAACAUCUUUUUCAUUAACUUUAGCCAUCAAGUUCCUCUCAGACGACCCUUCAAUUCUAAAACGUCUAACGGAAGAGCAUGAGGCAAUUCUGAGAAACCGUGAAGAUGCUGACUCUGGACUUACUUGGAAAGAAUAUAAAUCAAUGACAUACACAUUUCAGUGCAUAAACGAAACAGCGAGACUAGCGAAUUUAGCCCCUGCAAUCUUCAGAAAAGCCUUGGUAGAUACCCAAUAUGAAGGUUAUCUUAUUCCAGCUGGUUGGACAGUGAUGGUAUGUCCUCCAGCUAUACAUUUGAAUCCAGAAAUCUAUGAAGAUCCACUUGUCUUCAAUCCAUCUAGAUGGGAAGGAUCAAAAUAUACAAAUGCAUCAAAGACAUUCAUGGCAUUUGGUGGUGGAAUGAGAUUCUGUAUCGGAACUGACUUUAGCAAACUCCAAAUGGCAGUUUUCCUUCAUAGCUUGGUCACAAAAUACAGAUGGGAGGAGAUCAGUGGAGGAAACGUACGUCGAAGUCCUGGAUUGCAAUUUCCAAAUGGUUAUCAUGUGAAACUCAAGAAGAAAGAGGUCUAGAGAAAGUUAGAUUGAAGCAAAGGAGGAACAAUCUACAAGACCUAAGAUGCAUAAUACAAAAUGUGUGUACUAUUGACCAAAUUAAAGGAAUUUAUUUCCAAUUUAAGCUCAUGUUUUCCCUGUGAACUUUAGCAAAUCAAUUUCUAUAAUGAAAAAAAAAAAAAAUUCUAUAAUGAAACAUUGGUUGAGAUAAAAUGCCUUUAAUCCAAUAAUACAAAUUAUGUACUUAAGACAGUUUUGAGAAGUAUGGUUUUCAAAUGUAAUAAAAAUACACUCUUUUAUGGUUUUCAAAUGUAAUAAAAAUACACUCUUUUGUUUCUAUCCCUUUUUUUUUACACAAGACGAAUUUUGUAAUGUACAGAUAUAAAGUAAUCAAAGACUAGAGAGAUCAAAGAUAUUAAAUGUUAA